AUGUGCGGCUUCGAAGGGCAGGGCCUGGCCCGGAUGCGCGGCCACGGAGAGCAGGACCUGGCGGGCUGGUGUCCCCAGAUGCACGGCGACGGGAAGCAGGGCCUGGCGCGGAAGCACCGCGGCGGCGUUGAGCUGAGCCUGGCGCUGGAGCACGGCGGCGGCGAGGAGCAGGACCUGGUGCUGAACCACGGCGGCGGCGAGGAGCAGGACCUGGUGCUGAACCACGGCGGCGGCGAGGAGCAGGAUCUGGUGCUGAACCACGGCGGCGGCGAGGAGCCGGAUCUGGGACUGAACCACGGCGGCGGCGAGGAGCCGGAUCUGGGACUGAACCACGGCGGCGGCGAGGAGCAGGGCUUGGAGCAGACGAACCACGGCGGCGGCGGCGGCAAGCAGGGCCUAGCGCCGAUGCAUUGCGCGGGAGAUCAGGGCCCGGCGCGGGUAUACGGCGGCGAGCUGGGCCUGGCUCGGGUGCACCGCGACGGCGUUGAGCAGGGCCUGGCACGGAUGCAUGGUGCUGGAGAGCAGGGCCUGGCGCGGGUAUAUGGCGGUGAGCUGGGCCUGGCUCUGGUGCACGGCGGUGGUGGCGAGCAGAGCGCUGCUCAGCUGCACGGCUGCGAACAGUAG